AGUAUCUCCUUUUAAAUUUUAGUAUUUCUUUGUGCGGUUUUACCUAUUUAUUGGUUUAAAGGUUUUAGCGUUAACUGGUGGUGCGUCCACCGUGGCGGCUAUCCAUGGUGGAGGCACCGCAGUGUGCGCUUUUAUUUAAUGACCAAGGUAAGGAAACAGGAAUAACCCGAAUGGACUUCUCUAGGAAAUUGAUCCAGCAGACGCUCAAGUUGGCUGAAACUUGCCUUUCAACAGAGGAUUUGAUUGAGGUCUCGUUUGUAGAUUUUGUAGAGUAAUCAAGACCGAAGGACCCAAUUAAGGCAACGGCUUUAGAAAGACGGCCGACACCGAGAGUCCGAUGGGGGAACGGAGCUCGGGUCCGACCUGCACCGCCAUGCGAGGUUGAGGAAGAGCCCUGUUCACAGGACAGUCUCUGAGCUUGGCUUUUAAAUGUUCGCCCGUUUUUUAUGCAUUGAACCGGUUUUUACUUGUUUGUACCCUUUUAAAAAUGGCUUACCUGUUGUUUUUUUUUUAGUAACCGUAUUUAUGAUCUUCACCUUCACCAGAACUUAUUUCAAAUAAGAAAUUACGUUUAUCGCACUAAAUGGAGUCUGGAAAAGCACAUUCUGGAGAAGAAAAUGAUUUUAGAAUGCCUGUAGUUUUUAAUCCCACACAGACGUGCUUUUAUACAGAAGUUUUUAGAACUUUUUAAACUGAGAGGAGAGCAGGAUUUGAACAAAACAAAAUUUUAUUAUCUCGGUUGUGCAGGACCGGGAACCAGUGACUCCAGUGCGCGGUCUCCUUUCCGGAGACGCCACGGCCCCCCCAAGGACACAGCCACCAAGAAGAAUCACCUGCGCCUCCGUGGACGAAGGAGCCGGUGACCCACGAACGGAGGUCCAAGCAGCGGCGGCCUGGCUCUCCGGGUGAUGCAGGAGAGAAGGAGCCUUGGGGAGACUUCCCCUCUGAGCACCAGCGCUGUUUGGAAGAACGGGACGGCCCCGAACUUUGUGAGCCAGGUGAUGGGCGGAGCCAACAGGAGGCCGGCUGUCUCUUCCUUCUCCAGAGGGAUUCAGACGGUGACUCUGAUUCCAGGAGACGGGAUCGGCCCAGAGAUUUCUGCCGCCGUGGUCAAGAUCUUUGACGCCGCUAAGGCUCCGGUCCAGUGGGAGGAGAGGAACGUGACGGCCAUCAAGGGACCCGGAGGGAAGUGGAUGAUCCCUGGAGACGCCAAAGAGUCCAUGGACCGCAGCAAGAUCGGCCUGAAAGGUCCUCUGAAGACGCCCAUCGCUGCCGGUCAUCCAUCCAUGAACCUGCUGCUCAGGAAGACCUUUGACCUCUACGCCAACGUGCGUCCCUGCAUCUCCAUCGAGGGCUACAGGACGCCGUACACAGACGUGGACCUGGUCACCAUCCGGGAGAACACGGAGGGCGAGUACAGCGGCAUCGAACACGUGAUCGUGGACGGCGUCGUUCAGAGCAUCAAGCUGAUCACGGAGGACGCCAGCAGACGCAUCGCGGAGUACGCCUUCGAGUACGCCCGGAACAACCAGAGGAGCAGCGUGACGGCCGUCCACAAGGCCAACAUCAUGCGCAUGUCGGACGGGCUGUUCCUCAGGAAGUGCCGGGAGGUGGCGGAGAACUUCAAGGACGUGAAGUUCACAGAGAUGUACCUGGACACCGUGUGCCUCAAUAUGGUUCAGGAUCCGACCCAGUUCGAUGUCCUGGUCAUGCCCAACCUGUACGGAGACAUCCUCAGUGACCUGUGUGCCGGUCUGAUUGGAGGACUGGGAGUCACUCCCAGCGGGAACAUCGGCGCCAACGGAGUCGCCAUCUUUGAGUCGGUGCACGGAACCGCCCCGGACAUUGCGGGCCUGGACCUGGCCAACCCGACCGCCCUGCUGCUCAGUGGCGUCAUGAUGCUGCGCCACAUGGGGCUGCACCAACACGCCGCCAAGAUCCAGACGGCGUGUUUCGACACCAUCAGGGAGAAGAAGGUGCUGACCAAGGACUUGGGAGGAAACUCAAAGUGCUCCGAGUUCACCACUGAAAUCUGCCGUCGAGUUCAGGACCUGGACUGAGACCAGAGUGCAAAGGGCGGGGCUCUGUGGCCCCUCCUCCUCUGAGGGGGCGGGGCUCCGUGGCCCCUCCUCCUCUCUGAGGGGCGGGGUUCCGUGGCCCCUCCUCCUCUCUGAGGGGGCGGGGCUCUGUGGCCCCUCCUCCUCUGAGGGGGCGGGGUUCCGUGACCCCUCCUCCUAUCUGAGGGGCGGGGUUCCGUGACCCCUCCUCCUCUCUGAGGGGGCGGGGCUCCGUGGCCCCUCCUCCUAUCUGAGGGGCGGGGUUCCGUGCCCCCUCCUCCUCUGAGGGGGCGGGGCUCUGUGUCCAAAUCAUUCACAUCUUGCAUGACGCACAAAUGAAACUUUACCAUGAAUGAGACUCAACCAAAUAUCAUCUGAUCGAUGACAUCAGCUUGUCUCUGUUGCUCAGUAAAAGUUUUUUAACGUUA